AUGAAUACGACAACAACAACAUUACGUCCAAUUAAUAGUAAUAGUAAUAGUAAUAAUAUGAUUUGUUGUUGUAGUUGUUGUCAUUGUAAUAAUAAUAUAAAAUAUAUAACAAGUACAAGAGAGAGAGAUAGAGAGAGAGGGAGAGAGAUGAUUUAUAGUUUUAGCAGACUAUGUCUGGUGUACGUGCUAUCGGUAUGGCUCGUUACACAGAUGGGAUAUAUACAUAUAACAUUCACUUGGGCACACCCGAUUACUUCGGGUACCUAUUUAUUCGCAUUACCACCUAUCAUUGGAUACAUUGGUGGUAUUGCAGUUCGAUCAUCUGUUCAUAUACUACAUAAACAACAGCAACCGCAGACUCCUCCUCAUCAUCAUGUUCCUCCCACACCUCAGGUGGAGGGGGGAAAUGACGACCAACAUCAACAUCAACAUCCCAACGACAUACCAAAUAUAAAACAAUUGAGGAGACAAAUUGUUACAUUGGGUCGGUCGGUUGAAUGCCACCAAUCAAAGUGCAUGUCCCCCGAAUACAUGUUUAGCGACCAACAAUCAAUCAGCUCGGGUAUUGGAGGUGCCGUCCACGGCGAGGAGAUGCCUCCCCACUUUAAUGGACACCAUCUCGGUAUCUUUGAUGCCAAGACACCUCAUAAUGCAUCGGCCGUCCCAUUCAACAACCAACUAUCUACUAGUAACAACAACAACCAUAACCAAGAAGGAGGAGGAGUCGACUCGACUACGACGACCCAUACUACAACUACAACAUCUACCUCUACAACCAACACACCAAUCAACAACACACCAAUAGAUAAUAAUGGAGCUCCACUAACCAACAUUAACAAUGGUGUAGAGAAAUCAUUAAACUAUUCAUCGACGAGAAAACUACGAAAUGUUGCAAGAUGUGCGCAUUGGAAUGUCAAUGAACGUAUGCCAAAGAGUUACUAUGACUAUGAAAACUAUUAUUUUGCGUGGCAGACACCCGACAAUUACGAGAUUAUCCGAAAGAUUGGUCGUGGUAAAUACAGUGAAGUGUUCUUGGGUGUACAUUUAAAUAAUAGUUUUCAAGAUUCCAAAAUAUUCAAUGACAUCAAUAUCCCAACAACGAUCGAUAAUAAUAGUAAAGAAACAGGAGACAUUGUAAUCAAAGUAUUAAAACCAAUACCAAAAUUAAAGAUACAAAGAGAAGUAAAGAUUUUAAAGAGUUUGGAAGGUGGACCCAACAUUAUCCCACUACUCGACACUGUCAAAGAUUUUGAAUCGAAAACCAAAAGUUUGGUAUUUCCAUUCAUCAACAAAACAGAUGUUAGAGAAUUAAUUAAUUAUUUAGGUGAUGAUGAUUUACGUUAUUAUAUGUUUGAAUUAUUAAAAGCAAUUGAAUUUUCACAUUCAAAAGGAAUUAUGCAUCGUGAUAUUAAACCACAUAAUAUAGCAAUUGAUCAUAGUCAACGUAAAUUAUAUUUAUUGGAUUGGGGUUUAGCAGAAUAUUAUCAUCCUUACAAGACAUAUAAUAUUAAAGUAGCUUCAAGACAUUAUAAACCACCUGAAUUAUUGGUCAAUAUGCAUGAUUAUGAUUAUUCUUUGGAUAUUUGGAGUUUAGGUUGUUUAUUUGCUGGUUUGAUAUUGGAUAGAGAUCCAUUCUUUCAUGGUGAAGAUAAUGAUGAUCAACUUGUACAAAUUAGUAAAGUGUUGGGAACUGAUGGUUUAUAUGAAUACCUAGAUAAAUAUGGGUUAGAGUUGACAGAGGAACUACAAGAACUCAUAAAACCGGCACCAAAAAAGAGUUGGGAUAUCUUUAUACCUUUUUCAAACGAUGAUAUUGCACAUCCAGUGGCUAUAGACUUUUUAGAUAAAUUACUACGAUAUGACCCACAAGAGAGAUUAACUGCUCAAGAGGCUAUGAAUCACCCUUAUUUUGAAUCUUUUCAUAAAUCAAAGUAA